CUCCCAGCGGAAGCGGGCGGAACCAUCUCCCAUACACCCCUCCCGCUGAGAAUAAGGCGGUUUCCUUUGACAGUUUAGAAUGGGCGGGACGUGACGUAAAACUGCCGAGGCAGAUGAUUGGCUCUCGUCCAUGCCAGUCGUCUUCCGUCUCCGCCCUGUGCAUGACGCCGUUGGCCGGCUGGUUUACUGCUCUGCGGGGAGGUCGCUUGAAUCCAGCAUGGCGGCGCGGGAGGAAGAGGAGUGCGCCGGGGCCGUGAAACACUGAAGCGUUGGUUAGUUCCAGAGUGAGAGCCUGCGGUCGCUUCGGAAAGACCGUACGUCGGAUUAGCAGUUGGUUUGUUUUCCUGGAAGCAGCGCUCGCUGAGUGACUCCCGGCCGGGCCCCGGUUCUCUUGUCCUGGACUCCUCCAGGGGCCCCUCUAUAAACUCUGUGCUAUUACCGUUCCCGUUUCGUCAGGAGGAUGGAAGCGCUUGUGUGUGUGACACCGGCUUCUCCCCGGGCUUAGCUCAGCCCGCCUGUCACUAAUUGGUUCUCCCACCUGUCAGAGUUGCCUGUGCUGCCCGCUCUACUGCUGGGGGUCUGCCCUCAGUCUGAUCACUUCCGGCUCCUUCUUCCGCCCAAACUCGAGCACCCCAAGGUGUUAUCCAGUGUUCCCAGCCCCUGAUACCCCGAUCCAGGCCACUUAUACCCCUUCCUGCCCUCCCCCGGGCCCUGGGCACCCCCACAUCACUCUCACUUCCGGCUGCUCUGCAGGGGUUCACUCCAGGUCACAUCCAGUCUCCCUGUCUUGGGCCUCCCUGGAUAGAUCUGCCCUGAGCCUCCUCCCUCCUCAAUCAGUGGCAUUUCUUGCCCUCCCCAAGUUAUUCUCCACUAUCUGCCCCAGGCCUGGUUAUCCCUAAGCCACUUCCACUUCUUCCUGCUCCCCUGGCGUUACUGCCUGUGCCAGGGUUCAUACUACAUAUUAUCCUAUAAUUCAUCCCACAAUCAAUCAAUCUCUGCAUAAUUCUAUUACCUUCCUUAGCCUCCAGGUCAGUCCCAAUUAUACACCCCCCAAGCCAAGUUCCCUCUCCCUCUCGAUUCUACCUGUGUGGCCACUGUAAUAUCCCAGACACCCCUGGGCCUGUCCUACUAUAGUCUGCCCCACUUUGUUUCUGCAUAUUCUCUGCCAGUCCAGUUGAAACUUGCCCCCGUGAUCACAGUUUUCAAACAACUCCAGUCCCUGCCGUUUCCAUUUAAUACUGAUGUCCUGGGAUAGUUCCAUAAUCAGUGUACUGGAUAACUUGGCAGAGUCCUUGGAUUGGUCUGGAUUUGCUGUUUGUUUGGCUUCGAGUGCUGGAGGAUCCCAAGCAGACUGGCAGUAUAUGACGCACUAACAGAAGAGUAUCUAACCCUUGGAUUGUGCUUGACUUGGAACCAGGCAAGGAAGGCUGUUUUCCAUCUGGCACUCGUGUGUAUCUGUGCUGUUCCUGAUGAUGGAUUAAAAGUACUUUAGAAGGAAAGCGAAACCCCUAAAGUGCUAGUGGAGGUAGCCUUGCAUGGGACCAGUAUGGAGCAUUGGCUGGAGAACUGGAAAGAUUGUUUACAGACUGGCAAGCACUCCUUUUAGCCAAAGUGUGUUAUGAAUAGGUGACACGAUCCACACAUAUCUGCUGAUCGCAGCAUUGGGAGUUGAUAUCCUUUGUUUCUGAUUAGAUUGACCCACUACCCAAGCUGUCUCAGAUGCCUUCAGCCUUGGCAAUCUUCACCUGCCGCCCCAACUCCCACCCUUUCCAAGAGCGCCAUGUCUACUUGGACGAGCCAGUCAAGAUUGGCCGCUCCGUGGCUCGCUGUCGCCCAGCACAGAACAAUGCAACCUUUGACUGCAAAGUGCUUUCAAGAAACCAUGCACUUGUCUGGUUUGACCACAAGACUGGCAAGUUCUACCUUCAAGACACUAAGAGUAGUAACGGUACCUUCAUAAACAGCCAGAGGCUGAGCCGAGGUUCUGAAGAAAGUCCACCAUGUGAGAUCCUUUCGGGGGACAUCAUUCAGUUUGGGGUAGACGUAACAGAAAACACCAGGAAAGUGACUCACGGCUGUAUAGUGUCCACUGUAAAACUCUUCUUGCCAGAUGGGCUUGAGACGCGGCGACGAUCAGAUGUCAUCUCAGCUGCGUUACCCAGUCCCAUUGACAAGGUUGCUGCUCACACUCCCAGUAUGUACUCUCAGGAACUCUUCCAGCUUUCCCAGUAUCUACAGGAGGCCUUACACCGGGAACAGAUGUUGGAACAGAAGCUGGCCACUCUUCAGAGACUAUUAGCCAAUACACAGGAAGCCUCAGAUACCAGUUGUCAGGCUCUUAUAGAUGAAGACCGGCUGCUAUCAAGAUUAGAAGUGAUGGGGAACCAGCUGCAGGCUUAUUCCAAGAGUCAAACAGAUGAUGGAAUAAGAAAGGAACUGAUCACGUUGCAAGAAGACAAACACAACUACGAGACAACAGCCAAAGAGUCCCUGAGGCGGGUCCUACAGGAAAAAAUAGAGGUGGUGCGGAAGCUGUCAGAAGUAGAGCGCAGUCUGAGUAACACAGAAGAUGAAUGUACCCACCUGAAGGAAAUGAAUGAGCGGACUCAAGAAGAAUUGAGAGAACUGGCCAACAAGUACAACGGAGCCGUGAAUGAGAUUAAAGAUCUUGCAGACAAACUCAAGGCGGCAGAAAGUCGGCAGGAGGAAAUCCAACAGAAAUCUCUAGCAGAGAAAAAAGAACUGCAGGAUAAAAUUGAUGAGAUGGAAGAGAAGGAACAGGAACUACAAGCUAAAAUCGAGGCCUUGCAAGCAGACAAUGACUUCACGAAUGAACGACUUACCGCCUUACAAGUACGAUUAGAGCAUCUUCAAGAGAAAACACUUAAGGAACACAACAGCUUAGGCAUCCAAGUUGGGGACUUCAUACCCAAAAUCAACGGCAAUGCAGAUACAGACAAGCUGAUAGACCAACACCUGAUCAGAGGAGACCAGGAGCAGCAGCACUUCAAAGAGAGUCCGCUGGAAGCAAAGGAAUCCGAACUCUCCGACACUCUCAGCCCCUCCAAAGAGAAAAGCAGUGACGACACUACAGACGGCCAAAUGGACGAACGAGAACUUAAUGAAUCACCUAACAAAGUUACUCUAUUAAAAGAUGAGCUGCAUCACGUUGGGUCGAAUGAGACAAAACCAGAAAUCCAACAUCUGCACAAGGAGCUUCUAGAGGCACAAGACGUGGUCAAAACAAGUAAACAAAAAUGCUCAGAACUUCAAGCUCUGCUAGAAGAGGAAAGGAGGGCCGGCAGACUACAAGCUGAGGAAUCCACUAAGCAAAUUCAGCAUCUCCAAGCCCAGCUGCAGAGGUUACAGAAGGAAAUCGAGCUCUUGCGCGAGCAGAAAGAAAAUGAGAUCGGCAGAACUCGGGAGGCCAUGACCCACGCUCAGGAAGAGAUCGAGAUGCUGAAACGUGUGUCGGAGCAGGUCGCCUCGGAGCGGGAAGGGGACAUAUCCGAGUUGCAGGGAGAACUGCAGGAGGUGCGCUUUGAGCUGGAACACUGGCGCAAGACAGCCUCGCAGUAUGAAAAGGAGAUCGAGAACCUGCAGGUCAGCUUCCAAGCACAGAGUCGGGAACGAGAGGAGCAGCAGAGGAGAGAGACUGCCCAAUGGCAAGCUGAACUGGAGGGGUUAAGGCAGAAUGUGAGUUCCCUGGAAGAUGAAUGUCAUGGCCUGAAGAAGGACAAUUCUUUGCUGAGUGAUCAGUGCCAGAGGAUUGAGAGAGAGCUACAGAGCUCUCAGAAGCAAUCUCAAGAUCUCACCAAUGACCUCAGUGUCCUUGGACUUAGUCGAAAAGAGCUUGAAAACCAGGUGGGCUGCUUGAAAGACCAGAGUCAGAGAGAGACGACCAACUUGAAGAUUCAACUUAAAGAGGCAGAAAAGAGAGUCGUUGGGGUCCAGCAAGAUUUUGACAACACCCAGCUGAAGCUCUCUGAGCUCAGGGAAACCUUUGAAAAAGCUGAACAGGAGAAGCAGUUGGUGUUGGAGGAGCUGAACCAAUGUAAAGAGAAGCUGAAGCUGCUGCAGGAUAAAGGAACCAAUCCGUCAGUCUCACUUCCCGUCCCCGCCAUUUACAUGGGGCUAGUCCUGGCCUUCCUCUACUGGUGUUACGGCCUGUUGUGCUAGAGAAAGAGACAUUGGCCUUGGAUGACAGUUGUGGCCGCAGCCUUGUUUGUAACUGCCGUAAUGUUGUAUCCCGGCCUCACCAGAGACUCCCCAUGAAUCCUCAAUACUCCCCUCCUCCAUGACCCCCCGCUAUUGCUGACCUUGUGGAGCUCCAGGCCGAUCCUUAAUCUUCCGUCUCACCCGUGUGCAGUUCAGCAAGAGCUCAGGCCACUGCUUGCAGCUGUCAUAUAAAUGUGGCAGCCAGGGGGCGACAUUUGCAGCAGACUUUGUUUUUUUUUCCUUUAGGAUCGAAAUUGCUGCUCCGGCGCCCGAGGAGGGGGGAGGUUGUUCAGCACCAAAUUAUUUAUGAUGUUUGGGUUUGUGGCUCUUUUACUCUGAUUGUGAAGAAUUAAAAUGAUUAACUAGUGACUGCCCAGGUGCCGCUCAGCUCGUGACUCACAACACAAUUUAGCGACUUCUGCUCUUCCCAACGCCCGGAAUGUGCCCUUUUUAUCUUCCACUUACGGCAGGAUUUCUAAUGGGUCCCUGUAGCCUCUGCCAGGCGAGGAUGCUGGGAGUUGUAGUGCAGCUGGAGACUGAUGGGUUAAUACACUUGGUUUUAGUAUCGGCUCAUAUUAACCCUCCGCUCCUCUCCUGGAGUCUGUGUAUAAUUGUGUAUUGUGCCCACGGAGUCCACUCCCUCAUUAUAAUAUAUUGUAUUGCAUUGAAACACAACACAUCUCCUUUAUCUGAUGUGGAUGAAAUUUGUAUAUUAAAUUAAGGAGAAUGAA